AUUCUGCAAGAGGAAAGAAAAUAAAAAUUACCACGAGCGCGUUUAUAGUUUAUCUAGCGGUUCAACAUUCAAAGUCGGACCUUUCGUCAAGUCUUCCUUGGACAGUUGAAGCUACAAAGAAAUCCCAGAUCUCAUUUAAAAAAAACUCAUCUUCCUCCUCUAAAGCGCACAUCCGGGAACCGAGUUCUAGCCAUGGCGUCCUCCACUCCAUCACUUCUCCUCCACCUGCUCCUGCUCUUCCUCUUCUUGUCCUCCAGCUAUUCUCAGCAGCCUUACAUCAACAACGUCCAGGACAACUGCUAUGGCUCGAACGCCUCAUCCGCCCUGGGUUAUUCCUGCAACGGCGCGGAGCAGUCCUGCACCUCCUUCCUCACCUUCCGCGCUGAAUCCCCCUAUCUCUCACCCGCCGUCAUCGCUUUCCUCUUAUCUGCAGACGCGACAAACAUCUCACGCCUCAAUUCUGUCACCGACGUUGCCUCUCUUUCUCCUGGUGAGCUCAUCUUCAUUCCCAUCCCCUGCUCCUGCUCCAACCAAUUCUACCAGCACAACGCCUCAUAUACUAUUAAAGCUGUCUCCGAGAACUACCUCACAAUCGCCAACGAUACGUACCAGGGCCUCUCCACCUGUCAAGCCCUAAUGGAUCAGAACCCAUUCGACAGCCGCAAACUCGCCGUUGGGUAUAAACUAGUCGUACCACUUCGGUGUGUCUGUCCAACGCUAAACCAGACGAGGGCCGGAAUCAAGUACCUCCUCAGCUACCUGAUCGACUGGGGCGACGACGUCUCUAACAUCGCCCAUACCUUCAAAUCUGAUUACCAAUCUAUUCUCGAUGCAAACGAGCUCAGCGAGAAAUCCACCAUUUAUCCAUUCACUACACUCUUGGUUCCCCUCACCACUGAGCCCACCGCCUUGUCAUCUUCACGCCCAUCCCCCGGGCCUAGCGUUUCUGGUACCCCACCUCCACCCGCCGGUGACAGUGGGUCUAGCCACACAGGGUUGUUCGUCGGGAUUGGUGUAGGGGUCGGUUUGCUUCUUCUUGUUGCUGCUGUGGCUCUGUUUUUCUGUAUUCGGAGUAGGAUGCACCCACCCCAAAAGGGGGAGCAAGUAUCCCACAGUGAAUAUGACGAGCUACCUUUCAAAUCAACUUCUUUGUCAUCCUCGACUACCCCUUACCAUUUGGCUUCCGGCUUGCAAGGUGCGCUUGAUUGGAUGACGGUGUAUAAAUUUGAAGAAUUGCAGAAGGCUACCGACUAUUUUGAUGAAAAACAUCGGAUUAAAGGCUCAGUAUAUCGGGGGGUUAUCAAUGGUGAUGCUGCUGCUAUAAAGAGGUUGAAAGGGGAUGUGUCUAACGAGAUCAAUAUACUAAAGCAGAUAAGCCAUUCUAAUCUGAUCAAGCUCUCUGGUUUUUGCUUGCACGAAGGGGAUACUUACAUGGUUUAUGAGUAUGUGGAGAUGGGUUCUCUCAGUGAUUGGCUGCAUCAUAUGAAGAACUCGAGUGAUUCUUCUUGCCUUACCUGGAACCACAGGAUUCAGUUUGCUUGUGAUGUUGCAGAUGGGUUGAAUUAUCUUCACAAUUACACAAAUCCACCAUACAUUCAUAAGAAUUUGAAGAGCAGCAAUGUUCUGAUUGCGAAGGAUUUCAGGGCAAAGGUUGCAAAUUUCGGGCUUGCAAAGGCAGUUGCAGAUGAGGAGGGGCCGCAGCAGCUCACCAGGCAUGUCGUUGGUACUCAAGGGUACCUUGCCCCUGAGUAUCUCGAACAUGGCCUUAUCACUCCAAAGCUUGAUGUUUUUGCAUUUGGUGUUGUUUUACUGGAGCUGUUAUCUGGUAAAGAGGCCACAUUUCAAAGAGAGGGUGAGGAGAAAGGGGAGAUUCUUCUGUCAUCCACGAUUGAGGAUGUUCUAUCUGGGGAAGACGUGAGGAGUAAUUUGAGAGGUUUUAUUGAUCGUUGCUUGAGAGAUGAUUACCCAUUUGAUUUGGCCUAUGCUACUGCCGAACUAGCUAAGAGGUGUUUAUCUCGUGAUUUUAAUUCCCGCCCUACGAUGAAUGAGUUGCUGAUAUCACUUUCAGCCAUCUAUAAUUCUACUCUGGAUUGGAAUCCAGAAGGUGAGACAACUUCUCGUUCUGCCUCCACCAUUUAUAGUAGAUAGUCGUGCUCUCGUAACUGAAUAUCUAUCGAUUGGACAAAGUCUUAGUGUAUGUAGUAGAUUAGUAGAGUGAUUGGAGAAGAAUGUUUUGGCUAAAAUUUUACUAUUUUGCCACUUACAUGGUGUUGUUUCAUAUCUAUUAUUUAUAUUUAUAUCGUCACAUUACUAAGGGAGAUUCUGUCCUCUCUUUAUAAAAUAUUUUC